AAUCCGGAUUGGAUUGGAUUGCGGCAUCCAUUCCAUUCGCAUUCCCACUCACCGUCCCCGUCGCGAUCCGCCUCGCACCAGCGGCCCACCCCCACCUCGCCCCGUCGCUGUCGCUCUCCAUCGUCGCCCUCUUCCACCUCCACCCCGCCUCUAGCUCAUCCCCUCCGGCCUUCCCCCAGCUUGGCGUAGACAGGCAAGACAGAUACAGCGGCGCUGUUUCCAAGAGAGACAGAUCGCGCUGCCCAAGAAAAGAAGCCGCGCGAGCUUCCUCCCCUCUCUCCUCCUCCGUCGACGGAUCGAUCGCCGGUUGCAGCACUAACGUCUCGCUGUUCCAUCCAUUGGAUUGGACCUGGAACCGCGAGAUCAGGAAAAACGCCUAGCAUUAAAUUCCAAGACUAAAAAAAAGAAACCAACAUUGAUUGACUGCAAUCUUGAAGAAAGGCGACAGCUUUGGUUUGAUCGGCGGCGGCCGAUCUUGGCUCGGAUGGCGCCGCCGCCGCCACCGCCGUCGCUGGACUACUGGCGGGGCUUCUUCAGCGGCGCGCGGGCGAGCAUCUUCGACUCCAUCGACGCCGCCAUCCGGCUCGCCGCCGCCGACCACCCCGACGCCCUCCGCGCGCGCCGCGACGCCAUCGCCGAGCGUCUCUACACCGCGCUUAUCGCCCUUCCGCCGCCGGAGGCGCCGUGGCUCCCUACCACGGGCCAGCCGGCGCCCAGCCUCUGCAGCUCCGACCGCGCUGAGGUCGUCACCGACGACGGCGGCGCCGCGCCGCGGAACCACAGCGAUGACGCCGUCGUCGCCGAGGCGUUCCGCGUCAAGGCUGCUCUCUCCAAUGCCCAAGAAAAGUCGGAGACCGAGUUGCUCGAGCUGCUUCAGAAGCUGCGCCAGCUUGAAUUCACGGUGGAGGCCAUCAUGGCUACUGAGAUUGGAAAAGCGGUGAAACCACUGAGAAAGCAUGCCUCAAAGCAGAUUCGGCAACUCGUCCGAUCGCUCAUUGAGGGUUGGAAGGCUAAGGUUAAUGAGUGGGUUAACGAUGGAGGUCCCAUUGUAGGUAAAGAAUGCAAGAUCAAUGUUCUUUUCACUGCCCAGUUCCUGUUCUGCUCUUGGUCAAUAUGGUCUUUGCUGAAACAAUUUACAGACCACACUCCGCAAUCAGUGGAUGCUUCUUGCCUGGAUCAGGAAGAAGGGGGUCUGCCUUCCCCUCCAAUGGACGAGGCUGCCCUGUUUGCGACACCGUGCACUUCGAUCCAGCUAUCUGAGUUCUUCGAUGAAAUGGAUGAUGAUGGAAACAUUAGAAGUGACGCCAACGAGCACAGGCAGUGCAAUAAGCCAAACCAAGAGUCAAUCAAGAAGUCACCUAUGGGCCAAUGGUAUGACCCAGAGCAGAAUUGGAAGCUAGACCCAUCUUCUGUGAAGCAAUCGCAACCGAAUGAGCCAUUCAACUGGCAAACAAAGCAACAAUCUAAUCCAGGAGCACAAGGGAAGCCGUCAAGUGCAGCAUUUGGUCCUGGAAGACCUCAGAUGAUGCAUUCGGAGACACAAGGCUCCGAAAUGAGACCAAAGCAGCAGGAGCAGGAUGUCUCGGUGGCCCAAAGAAGGCUGAAACCAACUAUGCCCAAGCAGCCAUCGCCUCGGCACGAUGAUAAUUCCGUUCGAGCAAAGCUGGAGCUUGCAAAGGAAGCCAAGCUCGAAGCUACAAAGCGCAAGCUUCAAGAGGGUUACCAAGAAUUCAACAAUGCGAAGAAGCAGAGGACAGUACUGAUGGUGGAUCCGCAGGACCUGCCGAAGCAAGGGAGCCAAAACCCGGCGCUCAGCGGCAAGGCGAGGAACAGCAACACCAACAUCCGGAAUCGGCUGGGCAUCCGUCGCUGAUCAAACCCACCCGUCGUGCUCCUCACUAAUUUUGGAUGCCCAUUACCAUCACCACCAUCCCCUGCCGAAAAAGAUGAACCCCUACCCUCGCCACCACGGGUUGCUGCUUGGAACCUGAAUGGCUGGAUGCUUCAGUCGGAGUGUUUCUAGUUCUGGUCCAGUACUGUAUACGUGCAUAGCAACGGUAAGGCUUUACUAAUGUGGAAGGCGGGAACUGAGUCGCCAGGGAUGUACAUGUGUGCUGCUGCUGCGGCCCUAACAUGUUGGGUCAUCAUAACUCUUAAGUGGCUCGUUCGCCAAACUUGUAGAGAUAAAACUUACAUUGCAUAUAUAGUGAUACUAUUUGUAGAAAGCUGCCUUAUAGCAACAGUUGUGACUUCUUGGACCUGCUUUU